CAGAGCGACCAGACCAAACUGAACCGAACACUGACAUUCUCGGGUCAGCGCCUCCUCUUCCUCGUUCCCCGGCCUCUGAAAUCUCGCAAACCCCUGUAAGGAGAUGCUGCCUGUUUGCCGGCCGUCGGCGGUGUACCCGGUGGCCGUGGUCGCGCCGCCGCCGCAGGUAGGGCUAGCGGAUGCUCCCCCGCCCGAAGUGUGGACGAGGAUCCCGCAGGGGACGCCGGGGACGCUUGGCGGGGUCGGCCUCCGCCUCCUGCAGGCCCUCUUCGCUGCCGCCUCGAUCGCCGUCAUGGCGUCCACCGACAUCUUCCCCUUCUGCUCCGCCUUCAGCUACCUCAUAGCAGCUACCAGUCUGCAAUGUUUGUGGAGCAUCGCCCUAGCCUUUGUGUAUAUCUAUGCACUUCUUGUCAAACGUUCCUUGUUAAAUCUCCGAGCUGUACGCAUAUUUUUUGUUGGAGACUGGAUCACAGGGACCGUAACCUUGAGUGCAGCAUGUGCAUCGGCAGGCAUCACUAUUCUGAUUGAUAAUGAUGUGAAGUACUGCGAAGCCCUUCCUUGUUUAAGGUUGAGGACUGCUGUUACAAUGGCUUUCAUCAGCUGGUGUGCACUUGUGCCGUCCUUUCUCUUUAACUUCGCCUACACCACCACCACAUUGGCAAGAUUGGGAAUGUGGGGAUAAUUUCAUGUGCAAAAUGGUAGUUGAAACUCCGCAUUUCAUCCUUCUUAGGAUGCAAUGCAGUAUGCUUCUUAUAUGAGGAUUGUGGUAACCUUGUGAUGAACUGUUUGGUCUACUCGUACAAAGCUCAUGGUGCUGAUA